AUGGCGCCGCUGCACUACUACAACCCGUACUACCUGAGGCUGGACCUGAAGACGCACAGCACGCGACUGCUGCACAGCUCCAUUCAGCAGACCAGCGUGGACGCGACUCCCGAACACCACGCGGCCGUCGUUUCAGGUCUGACGGCGGCCGGCGUGCUGCUUCCGGAACCGGAAGUGUUGGCGUCCGCGCCUGCAGUGCCGUCGUUGUUGCAGCGCAGCGAUCACCGUAGCUGUUCGAUCGCUUCGACCGGCAAGAAGACCGUCGCGUUCGCCGACACCGUGGACGUCUGUGGCGGCGGUGACGACGACGACGAAGACGACGACGACGAUAUCGUGGACAUCAACCACCGGCUGAUUGCGGCCGCGGCGACGGAAACGGCAGCCGAGGUCCGUAUACAAGUCUUGCCGGCGCCGGUCGUCCGUCCCAGGUCUACCAACGUGUUGCAAGUGCACUCGCAGACGGGUGAGGUGGUCGGCGACUUGCUCAUCGAGAGGAAGCGUGACCCGCCGCCGUCACUGUCACCGCCGUCCACAGCGACGAACACGGCCACCCCGUCACCGGUCGACGACGACCCGUCGACCUGUUCGGCCAGCGGGAGCAAUCGGCGCAAGCGACACGAGAUGUUCUGCCGACGGCGACAGUCGCCCGUGUACAGCUGCGACGACGGCGCUGGCGAGACGGCCUAUGUGGUCGGUUCACCGGCGGCCGACAGCGCGUCGUCGUCUUCGGUGUACGAGAGCUGCGACGACGACCUGUCCGCUGUCGUCGUACUGGGCGCCGAGCUCGGCAGGCCACCGUUGCGCCGGUCAGCUGCAGCGGCCGUUCACGGUUAUGCCGGCUGCUGUCCUUCGUGA